AUGACAAGCAAAAAGGGCCGAUUCACAAUUUCCAAUUUACAAGACUCAGACAAAAUUGACGUGAUGACAGAAGUGCACUCUGGCAAAGAUGCGGAGAAUAUCCAAGUUCCUGUUCCUCAAGAUAUUUCUCAAGCUGAGGCAACGGCUCGAAUUAAGCAUAAUCAUGAUAAACGAGACAGCUUAAUCGAUUCAACUCCUCCUUAUUUACAAAGAAACUUAAGCAAAGGUCCAAGCCCAAUGAACAGGAAACUGAUUGACAAAGAAGUAAGUACAGAUAUUGAGUAUUACGACCAAGCGCCCAGAAGGAGCCAUGAUAUCCGGACUCCGAGUGAAAUUUCAAGACACCAUGACUGUGAUAGUGUCCCAAUUCCUGUUAUGCUGAUGUUUCAAGACACCUUGAGCACCAAAGUAAUGGAUAUAUAGUUUUCCGAAAUGCUUAAUAUGCACAAAGAGCUUAUGCUGAAGUUCAUUAAUAAAGAUGCAGCCAGAGAAGAUAAAAUUAAAAAGAUUGUGCAGGACAUUGCUGAUUUGGCAAGAGAAAACAGUUUACUUCAAGCUGAGAACCAUAAAUUGAAAGAUUCAAUUACGAGUAAACUUAGGGAUUACUAA